AUUAAUUCCGUGCUGUUAUCUGGAAAUUGAGUCAGAGAUUAAUUUUGGUGCAGUGAUUGCAAACGGUAAAAUAAUUAGUAAAGAGAUUAGCAUUGCUAACCAUGGAUCAGCUUCAGGUACAUUUAAAAUGUCAUAUGACGGGGUUGUCCUGCUUAACAUAGAACCUACCAGUGGAGUGGUAGAGCCAAAAUCUAUAAAGAUGGUUAAAGUGGAUAUCUGCACAGAUGUACCCAGGAUCAUCAAAGAAGUGAUAAAAGUGGAGUUGGAAGGUCAUGGCUGCACUGAAGUAUGGAUCAAAGCUGUUGUGGUUGAGCAAGUUCUUAAAGUUCUAGGAGUGUCUUGUGGAAAUAUAUUGGAAUGCAUUAACUUUGGACCAGUUUACUUUGGGUCUUCAAAGACUGAACAAAUAUCUCUAUACAAUGAAAGUCCUGAGUGUAUGGACUGGGUAGCAGUACUGGAAGACAAUGCCAUUGGAGGAGAGAUGGGGACAGACCUUCAGAAGAGUGCAGAUGCUCUUUUACAAGACUUAAGCAUCAAAAAUAGAACAAGAGAUGUAGAUGUUUCCACCUUGAUUUUGUGCAUUCCCAGUCAAGGCACCUUGCUACCUUAUGAGAAAUCUUUGGUUACAUUGUGCUUUAGUCCAAAGUGAGUGAGUGUGAAUGACUCAUCACCAAAACAAGAUUACGUACUGUUUCUGAGAUUUGAAGCUGUUGGGAAUAAAGAUGGCUAUCUGAAGGCCCUCAGUGAUGGUGCCACAGCAAUCACAAUGAAUCAUCCUCAUCACAUGGAGUUAGCUUUGACAGGUUCUGGGCUUCCUGUCAUGUUAACUUUUAAUCCAGGACCAGUUAUUAAGUUUAUGGACUGUUUCCUGGGUGAACAAACACAAGUUCUGUGCACACUCAAAAAUGAAUCUGAGUCCCUUCCAGUAACAUUCAGCUUCCGUAAGACUGCUCACUUUAAUAUUUCUCCUGAAAAAGGAAAAAUUAAAAAAAAAUCUGCAAAGGAUGUGAUAUUUUCAUUUUCUCCACAUCAAAUAGGAACAUUUAAAGUGAAGCAAGUUGUUGAUAUCAUUGGUACAGGACUAGAGAAAAAUAAUUUACAGGUUUCGAAGACAAAAUCCUUUCACCAAAUGUAUUUGAGCUUUAUUGGUGUGUGCAAAUCUAAACAAAAAAACGUUCUAUUCAAAAUUAAUCCUGGUAUAACACCGAUGAUUUCCAAUGCAACCGGACAGUUUGUAGCUGAUGGCACAGGACAGUGCACUGAUACAGCACCUGUGGCAAUACUUAAAUCAACCCAAACACAAAUUCAUACUCACUGGAUAAACAGGAAUUGUAAGGAUGACGCACUUAUAGCUUUUCCUAAUGAUCGUGCAGCCAGCAUUAGGCCUAGUGAACGGAAUAAAAAGUACAGGACUAUUUUCACAAAGACUGAGAGAUAUAAUUAUAUAGAUCCAGAGUUUUCUUAUACUGACUGUGAACGACUGUCAAAAGAAGCACAUAAGGAAUACUACGCAGACUUUAUUUCUAGUUUAAGACAGCGUCGUUUACAGAAAGAUGCCGAUAGGCAGUUUUAUAUUUAUAAUAAUUCUCUGAGCAUAGGCCUUAAACCAGCUGAAGGGCUUAUGUCACCAAAGAUCUCAAUCGCAGAUUUUCACAAGGAGAAGCUACAGUUCAAAAUGCUUCCUUUAGAUGAGACUUGCCUAUUAACUAGUCGAAAAUUGGCAGCAAUUGGUUCUAAAUCUUCAGUCAAAGAAGUUUGGAGUGGGCUUAGUGCUGUGCCAUCUUCUGCCCAAGAGAAGGAAGAUUGUAGUCUAACUUUGACAUCCAAGCAGCUUCAUCAAAUACUCAUUGGUCCUUCUACUAUGGAUUUUGGUGAUGUUUGUGUGUAUUCUACAACAGCCAGAAAACUGCACAUCAUCAAUAACUUGUUAGUUCAUAUAUGGAUACAAAUUGAGAUUGAAAUUGAUGAAUUACAGCAGACAAGUCCAUUGUCUCAGGUGGUGCCUCCUCUUACAAAGACUCAUAUUCCGAUUGUAUUUGAGACAAACACUCUUGGAAUGUUUAAAAGAUCUUUCACUUACACGAUAAACAACCAACACCCUGGGCAUGUGCUUGUGGUUGCAAAAGCAGUGUCUGUUGAACUUGAGCUGUCUGCAAGGGAACUGAUUUUAAAUCCUAUUCCUGGCUACCUAGCAGAGACAGAAUUUAGAACAACUGUCAGGGUGUACAAUCCCAGAAACCAUCCUGCUGCAUUUACUUGGAAACCUAUAAUUACAGAUAGAGGAACUGCAUUUUCUAUACAGCCAGCGAAAGGCUUUGUGGAGGCCUAUAGAGAUCUGGAGUGUGAAGUUGUUUGGCAUCCAGGGUUCAACUCUCCAGAAGCAGGAGAAUUCAACUUGUGUGUGCGUAAAGGAAACAAAAUUAAGUUGAAAUGUUUUGCAAAGCUUGGUACUACUAAAGUUCAUCUUAUGGAACAAAGGAUACCCUUCAGUCAUAGUCCAAUGGGUUUAUCUACCUGUAAGACAGCCAUUCUUCAAAACAUAGGAUACAAUCAUGCAUACUUCCAAGUUCUUGAUUCAAACCCACUCCCUGGGAUGAUGAUCACCCCUUCUGAAGGGGUGGUACCUGUGGGAGGCCAUGCUGAUCUCGAAAUCUGUUUUACUCCAAAUGCAAAAAUGAGUUUUGAUACAAGAGUGGAGGUAGCAGUGCGAAAUUCAGGAGUACUAGUGCUUAGGAUUGGUGGAUUUGUAGAGAUCCCUGAAAUAAACAUUGAUGUGGAACUAUUUGACUUUGGUGGUGUUUAUGUCGGUUCUACAAAAUCAAUUCCCUUUUUGCUGCAGAACAAAGGACAAGCAUGUACCAGAGUCGAGUUUGAUUUUUCUAAGUAUAAGGAUUUUAAAUUGAAUGCUAAUGACCAUUCAGUGGUUGACUGCUGUUCUUCAAAGCCUUAUUUGUAUUCAGUUAACUUAAAGGGAAAGUCAGCUUUACAAUGCUGCUUGUCCUUCAUGCCAAAAGAGGUGGCAGCAUAUGACUUCACUCUUCCAGUUAAUACUUCUCGGGCUGACUUCCCAUUGACACAGCCAAGCCCUCUAUCUGCAACUUCUGUUGGAUCUCUAAAGCACAUCGUUACUCCUUGGCCAAAGGUGGUGACUGUGGCUCUUCCAUUCUGUAGAGUUAAAGCAGUUGUGCUUAAAUCACCAUUGGAGUUCUCCUCUAUGGAACUUAAAUUUGCACAACAUUCAAGUGGCAUAAAUUUCAAUAUUGCUGAUGGAAGUCUGAAUCCUCAGAAUCUUGAUCUGAAGAAUAUCUCAAGGCAGCAGUUGACAUGGAAAUUGAAUUGUGGUGAUGCAGGCAAAAAUACAGAAGACAGUAUUUUUAAAUUUAGUCUGCAGACUGGAUUCCUUGAUCCAGGACAAAUCAUCAGUAUUGCUGUAUUCUUCUGCCCUUCUUGUCCUGGGACAUACGCAUCUGAAAUGUCAGUGUGUCUAAAUGAUAAUCCAUCACAUUACAAAAUAACAUUGUCUGGCACUGUGAAGUCACCAAAAAUAAAUUUUGAUCCCCCCUUUUUAAUGCUGAUGCCAGUUCCUCUGGAUGUGAAAACUGAAACAGCCUUCAGUAUCAUUCCACAAGAUUAUUUAAGGCAAUCACAAAUUCAAGUUGAACUUCCAGAGCUUGAACUUGAAGAUGGUGACAGGAUUUACCCGUUUUCUGUACAGUUCCCAGAAGGACAAGAUAUUGUUCUUUCAUCGGAUGGCACAAAUAAGGAACUAAUUUGUCAUAUCAGCUUCAGGUCAUCUAGGCCAGUGUCAUUUUUAGGGAAUAUGUUCUUCAUCGAUGAAGCAGAAAACAGCUUAAUCGAAAUAGUUAAUUAA